AAUUUGAAAGUGGUCGUGAAAACGGCUUAUUAGUUCGACACAAGAUGCCGUGACACUGUGCAGUGAGCGUACAUGUGAUUGGCUGAGCCCAGCACCAGCUCGGAGUAAAGCCGGGGCGUGCACACUGUGCAUGCAUAGUGUGCGCACGAUGCUUUGCGAGGUCGAUGACGAGCAGACGCACAUGAAAAACCAGCAACUUUUCUUCAAGCUGUUUUUAUUAGACUGAAAACAGCCGCAUUUAUUUAUUUAUUUUUGCACGCGUAAUGUUUUGGCUUCAUGUGGUAAAAAGAGAAUCCUCUCCGCGCGCCGCCAAAGCAUCCUCUCCGGAGUGAUGGGCUCCAAGUUGACCAGACAGAGAAGUCUGGAUUUGGAAUCCAAACUGUCCAAGCGGAGACGGCAGAGGAAUGACAGCCCUGGAGAAGGAGACACAAGUGUCACCGGCAGAGGCGGACGAGACUUCUUGUUUACCUCUUUGAUGCUCAGAUCCGACAAGCUUCCAGGGAUGCUGCGCAAAUCCAACCUCAGCCCGUAUGUCAGACGGGUGGCUUGGAUCCGGGAGAUCCAGAGGCUCCUCCGGGAGCACAAGACGGAACAGGCAGCUGAAGUGCUCAAACUGCUCAGAAAGGACUUGGGACUCCAGGGAUCAUCGCUCAGUGACAUUUUGUAUAAGAAUGCAGCUUUUCUCAACUUGGUGGAUCCCAUCUCUCAUGAACUGCUGCUCAGUCUGGCCCGGGACUUGCAAUGUCCAAAAAAGGAGAUCGAGUCCCUCAAGUCCACCAAUAAGAUCUGCAGACAACUGAUUUACCACCUGACUCCUCACUCCAAGUGGACGAGACAGAAUGUGCCCAGGAGGAAAUCUCAGGCUUGCCUGAAAACCACCCUGAAGAAAAAACUGUCCAACGACAUCGUCAACCUGGCCGGGAUCCCUCUGUCUGGCCGAGACAUCCACCGCGUGGCCUUCCACCUCCAGAGUAGCAGUGACGCUGUGUCUGCGGUGGACCUGAGCUUCACUGAGCUGCAGGACGAGAGCCUCCGCUUGCUGCUUCCGUUCCUCAGCUGUCUGCCCAAACUGACUGUACUCGCCGUGAAUGGCAACCGACUGACGGUCGCCAUCCUGAAAGACCUGACAGAUGCCAUCAAGGACCCUAAGAAGUUUCCCAGCCUUGCCUGGGUGGACCUGGGCAACAAUGUGGAUAUCUUCACCGUGCCGCAGCCGCUGCUAGUGGCCUUGCGGCGCCGCUUCGGUUUGCGCAGCAGCUUGCCCACUAUUUAUGAGUACAAUGAGGCGCGGGCGCUUGGCGGCUACAACCCCAGCAUGGAGACAUCUGUGGAGGAGCCCAGUCUGUAUGAGGAGGCUGAGCUAGAUGGAGGAGAAGGUGAUGAAGAGGAGGAGGACAGGUUGGAGCUUCAAACCUGGGGCCUUGGAGAGGAAAGCUACUGUGGGAGGUGAUGGCCUGCAGACUGGCAGCUCCUUAUAGUUGGUUCUUUGUGCUUGCCUCACCUUAAAUAUCUCCUCGUGUUUCAUUGUGACAGAAGGCUCUUCCUAGG